AUGGAUAUUGGAAGAAAGAAUACUCAGAAAUAUAGUUUUAGAUGUCCUGAUCUUAAGGAAUUGAGAAAGCUAGCAUCUUAUGUGGAUGAUCCUAAGGAUUUCAGAGACUGUUUUGGAAGACUUUUGUCUGUUCUAUCUACUGAUGUUGAAGAUGGUCUUCUUUGUACUCUGGUUCAGUUAUAUGAUCCUGUCUGUCGGUGUUUCACUUUCCCUGAUUAUCAGCUUUUAUAUACCAUGGAGGAGUAUGCUUAUAUUUUGGGUAUACUAGUUUCGGAUUGGGUUCCUUUUUGUGGUUUGGAAGGGAUUCUGGAACCUCAAGUUAUUGCUGGAGCUAUUCACCUGAAGAAAUCUGACGUAGAUGCUAAUCUCACUGUCAAAGGAGGUAUCAGAGGGUUGACUUCAAAAUUUAUGAUUGAGAAAGCCUUUGCUUUUGCUAAUUUUAAUAGCAUGGUGGUCUUUGAAGAUAUUAUUACCUUGCUCAUCUAUGGUUUGGUUUUGUUUCCUAACAUUGACAAUUUUUUUGAUCUUAAUGCUAUUAGGAUCUUUUUGGUUGGUAAUCAUGCUCCAACUUUGCUUGGUGACACCUAUUUCUCCAUUCACCAUAGGACUUCUAAGGGAAACAGAACUAUUGUCUGUUAUGCACCUUUGUUGUACAAGUGGUUUAUUUUGCACUUGUCGCAGCCUCCUAUCUUCUAA